GCCUGGGCACGGGUCGGAGUCUCGGGGAUGGCUCUGGGCCUUGGCCGUGGGCAGUACCUGGCUGGGCUCCCCGGUGCAGAAGGCGGGGGAGCUUUAACUCCAGCCCCAAAUGGUCAAGCCGCGGGCGCCUCGCCCUGGGGGGAGACAGCAGACAUGUGCAGGUGGCGCUUGUGGCCCAUCGGCCUCUGGAGGCUGGAGAGCCGACACGGUUAGCGGAGGCCAGGGUUGGGAUGAGCCGGCCCUCCCGAGGGUCGCCGGGCCUUGGGAACAGGGAAAUGAGUGGCCUCGCAGCUCUCAGUUCUCACCGAGGCUGCUGGUUACUGUUUAACAUCCCCACCCACGUUUCAGUUUGUUCAGUAAAUCGAUCGGACUCUGAGAGUCAGGCCGCUGUCUUGUCGCCAUCCAGCAAAGCUAAUAUCCUCCCAGCAUAUGGUCUAAAGUCUCUGCUAGAGAUCGGGAACAACAAACAAACAAACAAACAAACAACCACAUCCUUGAGCCUCCUCUCCCCAACACGCAGCCCCUCCCUCACCCUCCACCUUUGCGCCUUCGGCCAACUUCCCAGGCUCUGCAAAGUGCAGCCCCGGACACGGGCUGUUGGGGUGGGUGGGGGACCUACGGCUGGGAGAUGCAGCGGCCAGUGUGCAGCUGACUGCGACGCGGGAGUUCCGGAGCUGCUCCGUGCCGAUAGUUCUGCCCCAGAGACAACAAGUAUGAGUACCACAGACAAUGGUGUCAACUGUCUAUGUGCUAUAUGUGGGGACAGAGCAACAGGAAAACACUAUGGAGCAUCCAGCUGUGAUGGGUGCAAAGGCUUCUUCAGGCGCAGCAUUCGCAAGAGUCACGUGUAUUCCUGCAGGUUCAGUCGGCAAUGUGUUGUUGACAAGGACAAAAGGAAUCAAUGUAGAUAUUGUCGAUUAAGAAAGUGUUUUAGAGCAGGAAUGAAAAAAGAAGCUGUGCAAAAUGAACGUGACAGAAUCAGCACCAGAAGAAGCACUUUUGAUGGCACCAACAUUCCCUCCAUUAAUACAUUGGCGCAGGCAGAGCUCCGGUCUCGCCAGAUUUCAGCCUCAAGCCCUGGUGCAAGCACAGACAUAAAUGUUAAAAAAAUUGCAAACAUUGGUGAUGUUUGUGAAUCUAUGAAACAGCAGCUCUUGGUCUUGGUGGAAUGGGCAAAAUAUAUUCCUGCCUUCUGUGAGUUACCACUGGAUGAUCAGGUGGCACUGCUGAGAGCUCAUGCAGGGGAACAUUUACUGCUUGGAGCUACAAAGAGAUCCAUGGUGUAUAAAGAUAUUUUGCUUUUGGGAAACAACUACAUUAUUCAGCGCAACAGCUGUGAAGUCGAGAUCAGCCGUGUGGCCAACCGAGUUCUAGAUGAGCUGGUCCGACCAUUUCAGGAAAUCCAGAUUGAUGACAAUGAAUAUGCUUGUUUGAAGGCAAUUGUGUUUUUUGAUCCAGAUGCGAAAGGACUAAGCGAUCCAGUGAAGAUUAAGAACAUGCGGUUCCAGGUGCAGCUGAGCCUGGAGGACUACAUCAAUGACCGGCAGUAUGACUCGCGCGGCCGGUUCGGGGAGCUGCUGUUGCUGCUGCCAACGCUGCAGAGCAUCACUUGGCAGAUGAUUGAACAGAUUCAGUUUGUCAAACUCUUUGGGAUGGUUAAAAUUGACAACCUCCUUCAGGAAAUGCUACUGGGUGGUGCUUCCAGUGACGUUAGCCAUGUCCAUCAUCCAAUGCAUCCACAUUUGUCUCAAGAUCCAUUAACUGGACAAACCAUACUUCUAGGCCCUAUGUCAACACUGGUUCAUACAGACCAAAUCUCAACUCCUGAAACCCCACUCCCUUCCCCACCACAAGGCUCUGGACAAGAACAAUACAAAAUAGCUGCAAACCAAGCUUCAGUUAUUUCACACCAGUCUCUCUCCAAGCAAAAGCAAUUGUGAGGAAAUGUUUACUUCUGAACAGCACUGAAUAAAUGUGAAAAAUUACUGGUCUCGAAAUGUCUCAGGAUAGUGCUUUUGGCAAACUCUUAGCUAAGGCUUCUUCAUGGUGCUGUUGUAAGAUGGUAACCUAUUUUGUUGUUUUUAGGCUCAUUUUGUUUGUUGUUGCUAUUGUCUGGAACUGUCAGUUGCAACCACUAUUAUUUGAGUUUUGAUGUGUUUAUAUCGUAUGAUUUUUCCAGCUUCCUUAGCACUGUAUCUUAAGCAGUCGAAUCUUAUGUACUACUUUCAUUUGUUGCCUUAAUAUUAAUUUAAACCUGUAAAUAACUGCUUCAUCAUUAUGUCACACAGAACUAAGUGUUCUUUUUGACUGUGAAUAUUAGAUCAGAAAUCUCAGAUUAAUAUAAAGUGAACCAAGUUUUUAGUAAAUUUUAAACUUGCAAAUUAGAAAAAAUACAGCAGUUGCCAUAGAAUAAGGUAUGGAUCUUUGAAGAUCACUUACAGAUAUCCUGUGAUCUGGAAGUGUCUUUCUGGCCCACAGUUAAAUAUGCCUAUUUUAAGUUUAAGUUUAGAAAAAUAUAAAUAGCCAUUCCAAGGAUGGCUGGAUAUUCUUUCAAAUUUGACUAUAUUUGAAGGUGUAUCAUAUGAUAAAAGGUGUUAGUUUUAGCAGAUGGGUUAGUUUUAGUGCAGGCUAAACUAUAAAAAGAAAUCCCUAAAACAGUGGCUCAACCAAGAAAGAAGUUUAUUUCUCUGUUCUAAAACAAUGUGGAAGUCCUCCCUUAUGGACUAGAACUUGGCACAUCAUAUCUAGUUCUCAGGGAGCCUGGGAGAGUAGGAAGAAAGCCUUAGGUCAACCAAAGCUACAACUCUGGGGACUAAUACUUGGAGACAAAUUAGCCAUCUUUCUGUAACACAUGUGUUACUUCAUUUUGUCCUCACGACAACCCUGAAGAGAGAUAGUAUUAUCUUUCUGUUAUACAUAAAGAAAUCCAUAACUUAGGUUCUUUAAGUAAUGUAACCAAAGUUCAUAAACCUAAAGAGUAGGAGAGCCACAUUUAAACCCAGGUCUGGUUGACUUUCAUAGGAAUAAAUAUAUUUUUGGUGUGGCAUGAAAACUGUAAUGCUUCUUGCUGUGGUUUUUAAAUAUAUGCAAUUAAUUACCGAUCUAAUACUAUCUGUCAUGUUACCUAUAACACAUAUUUACAUGUAAGUUGUGAGUGUCAAAUUGUUGCAGCACAAUAAGAAACCACUUUUAUACUUUGAAUAAGAGUCUUAACCCUAAAAAAUAUUUUAAACAAAUUAAAGAAAAUAAAAGCUAUACCAGUUGGGUUAUCAUUGAAACAAAAAACAAAUUCAAAUCAUUAACUAUCAGAUUUUCAAAAAUCCAGCAACUCAAUGAUAUACUAAAUGUCUAAUUCUGAACAGAGGAGUACAGUUCAUUGGAGACCUAAACUAUUUGAUAUCAUGUAAGGCUGGAGCCUAUUUAAAAACAAUUAAUGAUGGAUUGCCUUGUAAACCGGUAAUCAAUCAAACUCUCUCAUACUUUAUUAGUGGAAGCAGGGAAUAACUGGUUGAAUAAUUAUUAAUGAUAUAAAGAAGUUAUCUCAAGUUGUAAGAGACUGAUUUACAUGAUUUUUUCAGGGCCUUUCAAAAUUUCUAAGAUUAUGAUUUUAAAACCCCCACUUACCCUACAAAUAAAAAGAUUCAGUAGAUGUUAACUAACUUGCUGGCUCUUAAAGUGAAAUUGAAUUCUGAAAAUAGAAAAUGAUUACUUAGAAGCUAUGAUUGAUUUAAUAGAAUCAAUAAAUUCUUUCAAUAGCUGGCAGCUUUGUGCAACUGUGAAAUCUUUGAGAAAGAAAAAGUUUUUUUAACUUACGUUUUUCAUGGAAAUUUACUUUGGUAUCUCUGUCAUGAAUAAGAAUAUUUUGAUUUUUAUAAAUAUAAAUAUUGUUUGUAGAUUUCUGCUUGCUUUUUUGUGUUGUGCUCUUAGAAAAUAUUAAAAAACUUUAAAAUAUAAAACAAAUCUGUAUUAGUAAGCCCUUUAACUUAUCUGCAUAUAUUUACUAAAUAGUUAUGUUUUACAAAUUAUUACAAACAAUUUUGUUUUAAUAACUAUGGUCAGGGAAUUUGUAAUAUGUUUUGUAUACUAAACUUCCAAAAAAUGCUAGAUGAAAGGAACUGAUAUUUUCAAAUAUUGAUAAAGUUAUUGCUUUAUUUAGCACAGAAUGUUUUUCAUGUAAUAAAAAUGAAUAAUUUAUUGUGAAAUAAUGAUUCAUUUUAUAAAUAAAAUUAUUUUUAUAAAUUUUAUUGUUGAAAAUCAAAAAUUAUUAGAUUUUUUAAAUGUUGAAUUAUAGUGAGAUGAAAAUAUUUCUGAACUGAUACUAUGUUGUUUCACUGAAAUUUCUAAAUAAAAUUUGAGGAAAAGACUGAAAUGGGGUACUUCAUUGUUGCUCAAAAGUGAUUAUAUAAUUGUAGAGAUAAUGCUAAUAUCUGUCAUAUGGCCAUUUAGUUAAAUUUAUGUUACAUGGAGUUCAGUAAUACCUGUGUUUGGAGGCCAGAGAUAAAUUAAUUAGCACAUUUCCAAAUAAUUGUAGUCUCCCUGAUCAAAGGGAGAACCUGCACACUUGCGGGUUAACUAUGUAAUUUUGCUUGCUUUAUAGUUUUGUUUCAGUAAUGAAAAAGUAUGACCAUGGCUGGCUUCAACACUGUAUAAACAUAUAAUUGGCACAUAAAUGUUUAACUUCAUUGUUUUUUGUUCUGUUAUUCACUGUUUAUAUUUAAAACUUCUUUGUAAAAUUUCUUAAAUUAGGAGGACCAGUUGUUUUUAUAAAAUUCUACUAAUUUUAAUUUUAUAUUUACUUUUAUCAGGGUAAUAUGUGUACAUCAUUCAAAAACACAAUUAUGCCCUGGCUGAUGUGGCUCAGAGGAUUGAGUACUGGUCUCAGAGUCAAAGCAUUGCUGGUUCAAUUCCCAGUCAGGGU